AUGGCAACACAAUCAGCUCUCCUCAUUGGAGAAAUCACACACGCGCGCAAGGAGUGGGAGAGUAUCUCAUCUCUGUUGACCUUGAAGGAAUUCCCCAGCGGAACCAGAGAAGAGUUCAUUGAAAACUGCAAGGCUGGCAAGUACGACGAUGUAGUCGCCCUCUACCGUUCCAACAACUCCACCAAGUACACCGGUCCGUUCAACGCAGAGAUGCUCGAAGUCCUGCCUAAAUCUCUCAAGUACAUCUGCCACAACGGCGCGGGAUACGACAACAUCGAUGUUGCCGCCUGCACGAAGAAGAACAUCGCUGUGUCCAGCACUCCAGUCGCCGUCAACGAUGCGACAGCCGACGUGGGCAUUUUCCUGAUGAUCGGCGCUCUGCGCCAGGCUCAUAUUCCUAUUACUGCUCUCCGGGAAGGAAAGUGGCAAGGCCCGAUCACCGCAGGAGGAAAGGAGUACAGAACUACCCUGGGCCAUGACCCCAAGAACAAGGUCCUCGGAAUUCUGGGCAUGGGAGGCAUCGGACGGGAAAUGGCAAUCCGCGCCAAGGCCUUCGGAAUGAAGAUUCAGUACCACAACCGAUCCCGUCUACCAGCCGAGCUGGAAGUUGGCGCGACCUACGUCUCGUUUGACGAAUUGCUCGCCAGUUCGGACGUGCUCAGCUUGAACUUGGCUUUGAACGCAUCUACGCGCCACAUCAUCGGAGCGACCGAGUUCACUAAGAUGAAGGAUGGUGUCGUGAUUGUUAACACGGCGCGUGGUGCGCUGAUUGAUGAGAAGGCGUUGGUUGCGGCGCUUGACUCUGGCAAGGUGCGCUCUGCUGGUCUGGAUGUGUAUGAGUGCGAGCCGCAAAUUGAACCCGGCCUUGUUAGCAACCCUAAUGUUAUGUUGCUGCCCCAUAUUGGUACUGGAACCUAUGAGACUCAGAAGGAAAUGGAGAUUCUGGUGCUGGAUAACCUGCGGUCGGCUGUUCAGAAGGGUGAGCUUAUUACACAGUGGCUCAAGCGAGAGCCGGACGACGACGAAAAGCGACAACAACUCAUCACCGAGGACCAUCACACCCCCCUCGCCAACUCCUUCAAGAUGGUCCGUUACGCCGCCCAGGAGAUCUCGGAGGCCAAGAGCGCCCGCGCGCGCGGCUCUUACCUCCGUGUCAGCUUCAAGAACACCCGUGAGACCGCCCAGGCCGUCAACGGCAUGAAGCUGUCCAAGGCCCUCACUUUCCUCGAGAACGUCACCACCAAGACCAUGGCCGUUCCCAUGCGCCGCUACGCUGGCUCCACCGGUCGCACUGCUCAGGGCAAGCAGUUCGGUGUCUCCAAGGCCCGCUGGCCCGUCAAGUCCGCUGAGCACAUCAUUGAUCUGCUCAAGAACGCUGAGGCCAACGCCGAUGGCAAGGGUCUCGACACCAGCGCCUUGAUCAUCAAGCGCAUCCAGGUCAACCAGGCCCCCAAGGGUCGCCGCCGCACUUACCGUGCUCACGGUCGUAUCAACCCCUACAUGACCAACCCCUGCCACAUCGAGCUUAUCCUCACCGAGGCUGCCGAGGAGGUCAAGAAGGCCACCGAGGACAAGAAGGUCCGUCUCUCUACCCGCCAGCGUGGUACCCAGAUCCGCCGUGCUCUCAUUGAGGCAUAAACGGAUUGCCAUAAGAAGGUGUGAGGGGACGUGAUGUGAAAAGAUUUUUGCGGUGGACGGGAAGGAUCGGAGUUCUGUGCAUCAGCUGUGUAUGUUGGAACGGAAUCGAUACCGGAUCAUACAAGAUUUUAAGGUCAUGGCGCCAACACUCGGAGGAGAACCCAAUAAAAAGUUUAAACGAUAUGGCCCAGGGUGAUGGAAAUAGGAUUCUGUACUUCCCGAUCCAAUCAUGAUACAAACGUGGUUCUUUCUCCGUGACUCUAUCGAGUGUUUUUUUCUCUUUUGAUAGAGAGUGUUUCUCCGUUUCUGUCUUGUCUAGCUGCACACCUCUGUCGAGGUUCCGAUCUUUCGGUCAUAUAUGAU